AAAACUAGAAUAUCAUCCAUCAAUUAAGUUCAUUUCUCUCACACCGUCUUAUAAGUUACCACUUAGUACACAAAUCUUCUAAACCAUAUACAAAGACUAAUUUUCCGGCUAAUUUAAGUGAUAAAUGAUGAUGAUAGAUCCUCUACAAAAAGCCUGUUGGGAUACUAGAGUUAAAGCUUGUACAAGCUAAAGAGCUGACAAACAAAGAUCUGAUCGGAAAAUCAGAUCCUUAUCCUUAUGCUGUAUUAUAUGUACGACCAACGCGUGACAGUACAACCUAAAAAGGGUAUUUGGCGCUUUAAGCGGGUCACCCGACCCGUAGUGCCAUUUAUGUUGCGGGUCGGCGGUUUGGAUCAAGUGGGUUGCUAGUGGAUUCACCUCAUUAUAAUUAUUCUGAUUUUAUGGAAUCAAUCAACUGCUGCAAAUGGAUUCGUCCUCGGUUGCCACAUACCCAAUGAAGUACAAAUACCCCAAUGGAGCCUUUGGUAAGUUUUUUUUAUUGAUUUCAUUGAGCAUGAAAACUGAUGGGUAUAUUAUGAUUUAUGAUUUUUCCCAGUUAAUUAUUUGCUUGCCAGAUUUCAUUUCCCUUUUGGCGUGUAGGCUUUCCAAAUUUAUCAAUGGUAUGAUGGGUUCUAUCUUAAUCCCUUAUCAAAUCAAUGGGCAGAUGGAGCUACUUGAAUUGUGAUUUAGUUUUAAAUACCGCUGUUAGUAAUCUGUUUGUGAAUUGUGAUACUUGUUGUUCCAAAUUAUUUUAUGGGAGAUGUGGAAAAAACAUAGACGAAGCCAAAUGGGGGCCGGGGCCUUGUCGAAAACGGGAUCCCGUGUAAUUUUUUAGCAGUAGCCCUUACUAAUAUGACAUCUAGUUAAAAGAGGUUACAAAUAUAACAAAAAUUACUAUAGCUUCGUGGUUAGGGGAUCAAACCUUAAUUUAACUAUUAUUUUUUAUAAAUUAAUAAAUUUAUAUUAUAAUGUCUUUACUCUUUUAUCUUUUAUAAUUUCACAUUCAUCUUUUUUAUUUGUAUUUUUGUUUUUGCUAAAUUUUAAUUUUAGUAGUGUUUUUCUAGAGAAUUACUAGUUAAUUCAUCCUUUUUAAUUUGUGUUUUUAUUUUUGCUAAAUCUUAAUUUUAGUAGUGUUUUUUUAGAGAAUUACUAGUUAAAUAUAUAGAGUUAAAACAGAAUCUUUUCCCAUGUUAAUGCCAAAAAAAAAAUAAUUCCCAGUUUGCUUGAAAUGGGAAAAUAUUUCACACAUUACCGUCCACGUCAGAAAUUUUUUUUUUUUUUUUUUAAUAAAACCGCUAUCUGAAAUGGCGGUUUUGUUAAGAGAUCUGAACUAAACCGCUACUUGAAAUGGCGUUUUGUGGAUUUUAAUUUAAAAAAAAAAAAAAAAAAAAUUAGUAAACCGCCACUUGAAGUGGCGGUUUUGUAGUAGUACAAAACAUUAUUAUUUUUUUUUUUUUUAAAAAAAGUAAGCAAACCGCCACUUCAAGUGGCGGUUUUGUAGUAGUACAAAACAUUAUUAAUUUUUUUUUUUAAAAAAAAAAAAAGUAAGCAAACCGCCACUUCAAGUGGCGGUUUUAUAGCAGUACAAAACAACAGGUCAUUUUAAUUUUUUUUUUUUUAAAAAUUAGUAAGCAAACCGCCACUUCAUGUGGCGGUUUAGUGCUUAAGGCAAACCGCCAUCUCAAGUGGCGGUUUUGUCUGAAAAAUUAAAAAAAAUAAAAAAAUUUCCACGUGGACGGUAUUGUGGGAAAUACUUUCCCACAUAAUGCAAAGUGGGAAUUAUUUUUUUUGAGCAAUAUAAUGGGAAUAGACUCGUUAAAACACUUAGUUUUUUUCAAAAUGGAUAAUUAUUAGGAAGCUUCAACUCUAGUUGUUAAAUAUAAAUUUUGCAAUGAUUCAAGUUUAUUUCGGUAUAUAUGAAUUUAAAUUUUUCAUAGCUUAACUAGUUUUCAUUAGAGGUGUUUUUUUGGGUCAUCAAGUUACUUUUGGGUUAGGUGUUUCAGGUCAGUUUGAAAUCCAUAUUGUUUUUACAUAAUUGUAAAUUAUUUUUGAAAUCGAGUCAAAUUUGAUUCGGUUACAAUGUCGAGAAAUUAUUUGCUAGUAUAUCGACGAUGUCGAGUCAUCUGAUCUAUUAUGAACACCUCUAUCUUUUAUAUGGUAUAUAAUUUGCUAGUAUAUCAACAAUUUGCCCUUCCCCCAAUUCAAAAUCAUGGCUUUGCCCCUCGGAUACAUUUACAACUCGCUUAAUUGUCGGUACUAAAGGUGGUAAUGACAAUGACUUGUUGAAGAUUUUUAUUUUUUCGGAAUUUUCCAUUACCACCUAAUACCAACUUUUUAAUUGAAAUGAAUUGGGUUAAGAAAAUGAGAUUAUCGAAGAAGAACAAGUAUAACUAUUAAAAUUGUCGAAAUAUUUUUCUACCAAAAUUACACUAACUUUUCAUUAUCAUUACCACCCUUUAAUAUUCUUUUGAAGUAAUGGAGUCUUGAGUGCACCAAUCAAGUCUAUGUAUUCAUGUGUGCAUAAAGAUGAGAAUCCAAUAGGUGUGUUAAUGAGUGAGUGAAGUGUGUGACUGAUUGUGGUGUUUAAGAAUGUGGUUUAAUAUUUGAAGUUAUGAAGGUGUUGAUGAGUCUUAAACAUGUAAUGUAAAUGGUGAUGUUAAUGGGAUGAUGAUUGAUACUUAAUGAGGAGUUGAAAAGAGUUUGUACAAGGUGCCUUGAACAAGGCACUUGGAGAUCACCCUUUGUAUUGAACGAUAAUGAAGAUCAAAAGCAGAUAGUAGGCUUUGAAAGAUUGUGCUCAAAUGAGCACAUUAUGCUGCUGCACACAGAAACUGUCAUAUGAACCUGCUCGAACGAGCACUAUGUUGGCUCGAACGAGCAGGCUGACCAAUUGGCUUUGGAUGUUGUUUUGUUAACGUUUUGUAUUCUAGAGCUGAUUAUUAUGCCAUUUAUUCUUAGCUUUAAGUAUGUAAGACUCAUUAACAUAUUUAGCUCUAUAAAUAGGGAGCUCAUAUGCUCAUUUGGAAUCAUUAAACACAAACCCUAGCCUAAACACAUAGCCUUAUUCUCUCUUACUCUCCAUUGUAAUCCUUCAUUGUAAGAGUUGUUGAAACUCCAUUGUUAUAGUAUAAACAAAAUACUACACACCUUCGAGGACGUAGCCUACCAUGGGUGAACCUUGUAAAUACUUGUGUCAAUUGUUUGCAUUGUUAUUUCCCUCAUACAUUGUUAUUUUCACUGAAGUUGUUAUUUGUUUAUCAAGGUACUUCAUAUCUUCGAUCUUGGUGAUAUUAGAGUUUGAGAAUUUAUUUUUAGACUCUAAGCUAGCUCUCAUUUCAAUACCGACUACCAAAUGGGUUAACAUAUUCAUAGAGAUUUUUGGUAUCGUGUUAUCAUUAAGGGGCAGGGGUUGAAUGAGAGAUGAUGAAGCUGUUAUUGACUUUUUAAUCCUUAAUUUACUCAAAAGAAGAUAGUUUUAUUAGUAAGAUGGGUGAGAUCUUUGAUGAGUCAAGGUUAGGGGGCAUAGUGCAAAAAUACAGUUUUGGUCAUGGUUGUGAAAGACUUUUGCGCUCGAUAUAGAUGGUUUCGAGGUUGUUUUGGCCAAUAAUUCAGUCACACUAAGCUCAAAAACCUUAACUAUACGGUCGUAAUAUAGUGAUUUUGGCCACAUUUUGCAUAUGAUUAGGAGUUACUUUUAUGUGGAUGGGAUUGAGUUUGUGUUGUGUUCAAGCUAUUGAUCAAGAUUUCAUUCAAUUAUUCAAUGCAAUUAAGUUAGUCCCACAUGCUCUAGGCAGGAUUUGAAGGGAUUGAAUCUACACAGAUCCCCUUGUAUUGUAUAAUUGUUCUAACAAAGAGAUUUUUAUUGACCCUUGGUAAGAAACAUCAUCAGUAAGACAAUAACUUCGCAUAAAUAAGUUUACGCGAUUUAACUAGUCAUUUUAUUACGAUCUUUUAUAUUUUGAAACCAAAGAACGAACAGACAAAUUCAAGUUAUUAAUCAAUUGUGGAUUUGAGUCAGCUGAAUUAGGUAAAUUAUAUUCAAAAUUUGUUUUUCUGUUAGCUUAUUCUCAUAAAAUUAUUACAUUACAGACAUGAUAAGAGUUCAGUAUCAUCUAUGAUAUUAAUAUGAAAGAACUACGUAGAGUAAUUGAUGAAUUGGGGUGUAUAGAAAAGGAGGUUCAAGACCAGGUAAACAUAGCUAAGGAGGAGGGAGGGGAAAUUGAUGAACAAAUUAACAACUGGUUAGGAGAAGUUCACAAAAUGAGUGCCAAGGUGAAAACUGUUUGGCUAGCUGUCGAAAAAGCCAAUACCGUGAGGAAGAGAAGAUUAAUCGGUUGUUUUCGUCCAUCCAAAAAAUCCUACAAAGAUGUUUUAGAAAUGGAAAAUGGUAUUGUAGGUGAUGUCAGUAACCUCAUGGAGGAAGGAAAGAAGAUUUUGGAAGCUUGCCAACAUUCAUAUCCCAAAGGAAUUGAACUUGUAUGGCGUGAUGACUUUGUAGAAUUCAGGUCUAGAAGAUCUGCUUUUAACAUGAUCAUGAAUGGCCUUGAGGACGAAAAGGUUAGCAUUAUUGGUGCUUUUGGAAUGGGAGGUAUUGGAAAAACUAAAUUAGUGGUGGAAUCAGGUAAGAGGGCUAAAGAUGAUAAGUUGUUUGAUCAAGUUGUGUUUGCGACAGUGUCUAGAGAUCCUCAUAUAGUAAACAUCCAAGGGACACUUGCUGAUAUGUUGGGCCUAAACUUCAAAGAAGUUACUGAGAUUGGAAGAGCAAACGAGCUUCGAGGACGAAUGGAGAAAGAAAAGAAUAUUCUAGUAAUAUUGGAUGAUAUUUGGGGAAAACUGGAUUUAGAAAGCGUUGGAGUCCCUUCAAAUUUAGAUAACAAAGGAGUCAAGAUUAUUCUCACUACGCGUAAAAAGGAAGUUUGUGAAGCAAUGGGUUGUAGUGUGAUAGUUCAUUUGGAUGUGAUGAAAACAGAUGAAACAUGGGCUAUGUUUUGUAACUAUGCUGGACAACCACUAGGGUAUUCCCUCACACGAGUAGCAAAGAAGAUUGUGAAAGAGUGUGCUGGUUUGCCACUUGCUGUUGUUACUGUCGGAAGUGCUUUAAGGGACAAAAGCUUAGAAGAGUAUGAAGAUGCUGUUCAAAAACUUUCUAAAUCCAGAUUUGCUGAAAUAGAAAGUGUUGAUAGGGAUAUCUAUGCUUGUUUGAAGAUGAGUUUUGAUUAUUUGGAAGACGAAAUAUCCCAAAAGUGCUUCUUAUUAUGUUCUUUAUUUCCGGAGGAUAGUGAGAUAAAGCUGGAGGAUUUAACUAGAAAUGCGAUUGGAUUGGGUUUAUUUGGAAAUGUUGAUUCAGUUGAUCAAGCAAGGAAUAGGAUGCUCUCCUUGGUGAAAAAGCUCGAAAAUGUUUGUUUGUUAGCUACUGUUGAUGACAGCCGUUACUUUCGCCAAUUUGUUCCAUGUCACAACCGCGUAAAAAUGCAUGAUAUGAUUCGUGAUGUUGCUUUAUGGAUUACUAAGGUCAAUGGUAUCCCUUUUUUUACUUUAAGCUCAUUGACAGGAUUGAAAAGCAAAUUCAUGUAUGAGAAGGCAACAGCAUUUUAUUUAAGGGUUGGUCCAAAGUGGCAAUUUCCUAGCAGAUUGGAAUAUCCAGACUUAAAAAUCCUGAUUGUUAAACAGACUCAUUUAGUGACUGAACAAGCUGGUGAAACAUUUUCAGACAUGUUUUUAGAAGAGACAAGAGCUAUACAAGUUCUUCACUUGGAGCUAGCAAUUAAUGAGCCAAUGUUGCCGUUGGUUUCUCUCUCAAAACUAGAUAAUCUCAUAAGUCUUCAUGUGAUUGGAGCUCUAAGCUGGAGGGCUAGGGACAUGUCUAUAAUAGGGAAGUUGAAAAACCUGGAGAUUCUAUGCUUGGGCUGUACAGCUGGAAAGAUACUACCAUACUGGAUAGGAAAGCUUUGUAACUUACGAGUUUUAGACCUAUCUAAAUGGCGGGGAUUGGAGUAUAUACCUCACAAUUUACUGCCAGGAUUAGCUAAGUUAGAGGAGUUUUACACCCCUUGCACUUACGAUUCAAAUUUGAGUUAUGAUUAUCUGUCUGACCUUAUGUUGUUGUCUCAUUUGACUGCCUACAGUGGCAGGUUUAGAGGGACUCUAUCUUUUCCUGAUAAUUUUAAGUUUGGGAACUUGCAAAGGUACCACAUAAAGACAUCAAACCGAAUAGAUUCUAACUAUAAGUGGUCAAGAUUUUUGGAUUUCAAUGAGCUUAAUGACUUCUCCAUGAAGGCUUUUGAGCAUUUGUUGCCGGGUGUAGAGCAUCUUUGUAUUGGGAAAACUAUGCAGGCCGGUAUCCAAAACCUAUGUCCUCAGGUUAAUAAUACGUGCUUUCAGAAUCUUAGAGAAUUUAAUCUUUGGCACUCUGAUAGUCUUGAAUGUUUGGUCGAUACUACUUAUUCCAAGUGCGUAUUGAAAGGUCGUCCUCAUCAAAACUGUGGCUUCCAAAACAUCGAAUGCAUUAAACUAAUAUGCUGUAAUAAAUUGAAGUAUCUUUUCAGCUUCAGACAUGCCCAAAGAUUGCAAAACUUGCAACAUAUUGUGAUCUCUGAAUGUAAUGCCUUAGAAACAAUUUUCACUCAAGAUGAUCUAAAUAAUGUAGCUCUCAUAAGCUUUCUUGAACUCAAGACAAUUGAGAUAGAUUCAUGUGGCGAAUUGAAAUAUGUCAUACCUUUGUCUUUUGUUGCUGAGGGUCUUCCGAAACUAGAGAGAAUAUCUGUGGAAAAGUGUGCUAAGCUGGAGCAAGUAAUCGGAUUAGAUGAUGGAGCUGAAACGAGAAAUCUAGUAAUGAAGAGUCUUUGUUCUGCAAAGCUUGUGAACCUACCAAGACUAUCUUCUCUAUUACCAUUGAAUUGGCAUCUAAAAGUCCCUUCUCUAUCUCAAAUCGUAAUUAUAGCGACUGGCGCAACCUCUAAGCAUUUUUCUGAUGACCUCCAUGUUGAACAGACCCCAAGAGCACAUACAAACAUGCUUAACGGAGUUUUACCAAGAAUGGAAAACAGGAGUUUUAUGGAUUUCAAAGUGUUGGAAAUUGAUAACUUCUAUGAUGGAGAAGAGGUGUUCAAUCUUGAAAAUGUUGAGAAACAUAUCGUUGCACGGUUACAAGUGCUCAAGUUAACCUGCUUGCCCUAUCUGAAAUAUAUUUGGAAGGGACCAACACAUUUCGUUAGCUUAAGGAAUAUACAAGAAAUAGAAGUAUGUAGCUGCACGGCCCUCAAAACUCUCUUUACAUACAGCAUAGCUCAAACUCUACACUCGCUGAAGACUCUAAGAGUUUACUGUUGCCACAAGUUAAAGUAUAUCAUUGAUCCUAACGACUAUGAAAAGGAAGAGGAAGAGGAAGAGGUAAAGCCUUUUGGAGGAGAAAUUCCUACAAGUUGGAACAGAAUAUUGCCAUUUAAGGAGGUCAUAUUAGUAAGUCAUCCAUUAUGUCUGAAUGUAGAAAACUGUGACGCAGAACAUGUGUUAGACAUGGAAAACUUAGUUGAGAAUAAUGAGAGAUGUUUGAUUUGGAACAUAAGCGAGUUGACACUAAGAUACCUACCCAAUCUGACCUGCAUUUGGAAGGGACAAACAGAUUUGAUUCAGCUAAGGAACCUCUGGAAAAUCCAGUUAUAUGAUUGUAAUGUUUUGACAAAAAGUGUAUUCACAUAUACAAUGGCUCGAACUCUAACUUCACUUGAAAUUAUCGAAAUAUACAACUGCAUGGAGUUAGAUAACAUAUUUGAGCCUGUAUCUGUGGGGAUUAAGAGCUGUUCUCCAGUAGCGUGUUUGCCAAAUCUACGAAAUAUUGAUGUACGAGGAUGUGACAAGCUGAAAUCUUUGUUUCAAAUCUCUGUUGCUCAACACCUACCGAGGCUCAGAGGUGUGCGUGUAAAAGGAGCAGCUAUAUUGGAGCAAUUAUUCAGUGAAGAUCGAGAAAAAUAUGCACAAGACAAGCAGAUUAUAUUGCCCGACUUAAUUAUCAUCCGCCUUGAACGGCUGCCCUGCCUUUCAGGCAUAUGUCCUGCAGGUUAUACUUUAAGCUGUGCUCGACCAUCUAUGGUAGAAUUCAUCAUAACAGAAUGCUCUUUUAAACCCGCCAAUUUAUUUUCUCCGACGACACUCAUUCCAUCAACUGCUAUCCAAGCAACAGAAACAGGCCAGCUACCACAUGACCCAAAACACAUUCCCCUCGGCUAAGCAGUCGUUUGUCAUAUCACCGAGAUCAUAUCUAUUGACUGUUAUGUGUUCGAAAUGGCACUUGUAAGUUAGUUGUACAUGUAACACGAAUUGUGUUUUUUUCAAGGAACCUAUACACAACAUUCAAGGUCGCAUUGUAUCUCAUCGCAUCAGUUGCAUUGUAAAAAUUUUAGAAAAACAAAUUGAUAUUUGCGAAAUUAUAAAGUUUUAAAAAUUGUGUUUUAUGACGUUUAGAAGGAUAUCUCGUGCUUUUGCCCGAUAAUUGGCGUACUAUAAACU